ACAAAAAAAAGCUUCGAAUAUAGUUCAGUCCCGUGAAUGUGAGGAUGAAGAUUCUGACGCUUCUUCUAAUUAUAGCGAGAAUGAAGAGGAUUCGGAUGAUGAUGGGUAUAAUGAAUACAGUGGACAUGGUGAAGGUUAUUAUUAUAGUAACGGAGGAAAGCUCACCAAUGAUGAGUCCUAUUAUCUCUCUAGUAACCGCCUAGGAGAAUUAUCGGGCGAAUCACAUACUUGCAUAGACUGGGUUAUUGGUUUAUUUUUUUUCGAAUCACGUGAGGAUGGCUAG